CUCGUCUGUCAGGUCGACCGUUUAAUUAUUUGACAGCAUGUCGCGAUACGGACGACACGGAGGCGAAACGAAGGUGUAUGUGGGUAAUCUGGGCACCGGGGCCGGUAAGGGUGAGCUCGAGCGCGCGUUCAGUUAUUACGGGCCUCUGAGGACCGUGUGGAUCGCGCGCAAUCCUCCAGGAUUUGCCUUCGUGGAGUUUGAAGACCCGAGAGACGCAGAGGACGCGGUGCGUGGACUCGACGGGAAAGUGAUUUGUGGAUCUCGUGUACGUGUGGAAUUAUCCACAGGAAUGCCGCGUCGUUCCCGCUACGAUCGGCCACCGACCCGCCGCCCCUUCGACCCGAACGAUCGCUGCUAUGAGUGCGGUGAGAAGGGCCAUUACGCGUACGACUGUCAACGUUACAGCCGUCGUCGCCGGAGCAGGUCUCGUUCCCGCUCACGGUCCAGAUCCAGAGGAAGGAGACACGGGCAUUCUCACAGUCGGAGUCGAGGCAGAAGAUCCAGAUCUUUUUCUCCUCGACGCUCUCGCUCCAGAUCUCCCAGACACUCUCGAUCUGUGACGCCCAAACGAUCCAGAUCCAGAUCCCGCUCUCACUCCGCCCCCAAGAACAGGUUGGACUCAGUCAGGAGGUCUAGGUCUGGUUCUCCAGCAAGGAGUCGGUCACCAUCACGCAGUCCUGUAGGAAGUGAGAGGAGUCCAGUGAGAGACGACUGAUCUUCAUCAGAUGAUUUGUGUAGGGUGCUUAAGUUUAAAUGUUUAAUGCAGUAGAGUUAUACAUUAUUAAAGUACAAACGUUCUGCUCUUCUUUAUUCUUUUGUUCUCUUCCUAUCGUAUGAGGAUUCUUCUGUAAAAAAAUCUCUGGGUUGACUUUUAGAUGAGGAAAUAUUACAUAGAUUUUCUAUUUGGUUUGUUGUGCAGUAGAUGUUGAUGUACGGUGCACAUACACCUGCAUUUGUUUUGGAUUUUAUAUGUGUGUAUUAAAUAUAAAUAAAAUGUGUGAGGUUCUUCAUGUUGA